GCAUCUCUUUCAUAACUUAGAGCUGUUGGUGUGUUUAUUAAACCCACCCCUACUUCCCCAGUUGGCAGCUAUCAGCUGUCACUGAGACAGGUGGCGUAAGAGUGGAACAGACAGUCGAAAAGGCAGGAAACCAGCUCACCUCUUCAUCAGGAAAGAGCUGCACUCAAAACUUAAGAAGACCUUACAAGUUUGUCUAGUUUAGCGGUUGGAAGUGACAGAUUUGCUUGAAAAGAAACAACAUUGUGAGCAGGAGAAUGAUUCUGAGCAAUGAUUGGCAUGUAGGGUUGACAGUAUUGUUAUUUGCAUGUGGUGGUCUGGUACUGGCUUCAGAAGAUGAAGAACGUUUGGUGGAUAAUUUAUUCAAAAACUAUAACAAGGUGAUUCGUCCAGUGGAGCAUCACAAGCAUUUUGUAAAUGUCACAGUGGGGCUGCAGCUAAUUCAACUCAUCAACGUGGAUGAAGUAAACCAAAUUGUGGAAACAAAUGUGCGCCUAAGGCAGCAAUGGGUUGAUGUAAAGCUUCGCUGGAAUCCAUCUGAUUAUGGUGGAAUUAAAAGGAUCAGGGUGCCUUCCUCUGACAUUUGGCGGCCAGAUAUUGUUCUGUACAACAAUGCUGAUGGUGAUUUUGCGAUUGUUCACAUGACCAAAGUCCUUUUGGAACAUACAGGGAAAAUACUCUGGGCACCUCCGGCAAUCUUCAAAAGCUAUUGUGAAAUCAUUGUAACACAUUUCCCAUUUGACCAACAAAACUGUAGCAUGAAGCUGGGAAUCUGGACGUAUGAUGGUACAAAAGUUUCCAUAUCUCCGGAAAGUGACCGCCCAGAUUUGAGUACCUUCAUGGAGAGUGGAGAGUGGGUCAUGAAGGAUUAUCGAGGAUGGAAGCACAUGGUGUAUUAUACCUGCUGUCCUGAGACUCCCUACCUGGAUAUCACCUACCACUUUAUCAUGCAGCGUAUUCCUCUUUAUUUUGUUGUGAAUGUCAUCAUUCCUUGUCUCCUCUUUUCCUUCUUAACUGGAUUGGUAUUUUACUUGCCAACUGAUUCAGGUGAGAAGAUGACUUUGAGUAUUUCAGUUCUGCUGUCUCUGACUGUGUUCCUUCUUGUUAUUGUUGAGUUGAUCCCUUCAACUUCCAGUGCUGUGCCUUUGAUUGGCAAAUACAUGCUUUUCACAAUGAUUUUUGUCAUCAGUUCAAUCAUCAUUACUGUUAUCGUAAUUAAUACUCACCAUCGCUCACCAAGUACACAUACUAUGCCACAAUGGGUACGAAAGAUUUUUAUUGAUACUAUACCCAAUGUUAUGUUUUUCUCAACAAUGAAACGAACAGCUAAGGAGAAACAAGAAAAAAAGAUAUUUACUGAGGACAUUGAUAUCUCUGACAUUUCUGGAAAGCAAGUGACAGGAAACGUAAUUUUCCAAACACCUCUCAUUAAGAACCCAGAUGUCAAAAGUGCUAUUGAGGGAGUCAAAUAUAUUGCAGAGCACAUGAAGUCUGAUCAGGAAUCAAGCAAUGCUGCAGAGGAAUGGAAAUAUGUUGCGAUGGUGAUUGACCACAUUCUGCUGGGUGUCUUCAUGUUGGUUUGUAUUACUGGCACAGCUAGUGUGUUUGCUAGCCGGCUCAUUGAACUCAAUCAGCAGGGCUAAGUUAUCACGGUGAACAAACAAUGCAAUGCUGGAAUAUCGAUCCAUAGGUUUAGUGUUGCAGUUGUAGUCUGUUCUACAAAAUAUACUGUUUGCUUUAUUUUAGAAUGAAAUGUACUUAGGGUAUUUGAAUAUGUAAAAGAUGUAAUUAAUAGACAACAUAUGAUCAUUAGUGAUUCGUGAAUAGAAAUUAUUAAAAAAUGCCUGAAACAUGUUAUGCAGAAUAACUUUUUAAUACAUUACAAAGAAGCUUUUUUUAAAAAAAGUUCAAGUAAUUAGAUGGGUAGGCACUUUAAAUUUGAUAGAGAAAUGUGAAUUGCUAAGAAAAUAAAAUAUUAAAUUAAACAAAUACGUCCAAAGAUUGUAUUGUACAUUUAGAACUGUAGUCCUGUUGUAUAAUUUAAGUGUGUG